GACCUGUCGGGACACAAAAACACAUCAGAUCUGUUGAGUUAUUAACAGUCUUCAGAGGAAAGCUGUGAUGCUGUUUUCACCCAGUUAGAGUUGUGUGUGUGUGCGUGUUCGGGAUAUUCAGCCAUGCUGCAGCAGUCAGAGCUCAUCUUCGACUUUGCCAGUGACCAUGUUAACUUGUCGCAGUUGGUGGGUCACACAGAUUACCCUGCAGUGAUUGUAGAGCAGGUUCCCCAUCCACACCUGCUGUCAUAUGCAGGUCUAGCCUGUGAACAGUCACAGACAGAGUUGGAUCACCAUCAAUUGCUCAAAGUGGAGCCAUGUGAAAGUGGAGAAGAAGAGACCAUGGAGACGCUUGUUGCUGCGGAUUCGCUUCUCAACAUGGACUGCUCUGACACCCUCUCCCUGGAACAACACUAUUCCCAGACCUUCUUACCAUCACUGGGUGAUGUCAUCACUGCUCCUGUUACCCAGGUAACUGUGUCAGCAGAGGGGAUCGUGGGCCCUGUUGACCAGUCACAAUGGCACUCGUUGCACACAAAGAAGCCCGCAGCACAGCUGCAGUCCAAAAAGAAAGGUAGAAAACCUCGACACCGGAGGGCAGAGUCUCCCACACCAGACAUUACAGUGAAAAAGGACAAAUACAACAAAGGAGGAAACACACUGUACCUGUGGCAGUUCCUUAUGGAGUUGCUGCAGGAUCGACAGGUCUGCCCCCGCUACAUCAAAUGGACUAAUCCACAUGCAGGGAUCUUCAAGCUGGUCAACUCCAAAGCAGUGGCUAGACUCUGGGGCAAACACAAGAACAAGCCAGAUAUGAAUUAUGAGACAAUGGGCAGAGCACUCAGGUACUACUACCAGAGGGGGAUACUGAACAAGGUUGAAGGCCAGCGUCUUGUCUACCAGUUCACCUCUCUGCCCAAAGACAUGAUUUAUAUCACAGAUGGCGACGGCACCAAAGAGGAAGAAGAUGAUGAUCACAACAACAGUAGUGGCAAUGAUGAAGGUGUGAGUGAUGACUCUGAUGACAGUACAAUAUCUUCUAGUGACCAGUCAGUGGAGGAUGAAGAUUCCCAACCGCAGCAAAAGAAGACAUCAUGUAGUAGCUCUGUCCGAGCCCCAACUAACCAGCGGACCAGGCUGGCUCCCAGGCCUUCGGGCCAGCGUGACACCGUCCUGCGGCCUGCCAGCACCAGCCUGAUUCAGGAGCAGCAUUUGCCCAUCGUCUCUGCUGAGAUGCUACGGACCCUCCAGAACCUGGAGAAGGUCCAGUCCCUGCAGCCCACGGGUCACGCCUCAGUCUUUAAAACGGCUCAGCUGCUGGGGAGUCUUUACGAGCGACAGGCUGCCGCUGUGGUGGCUGUAGACAGUGAGGGCGUCCCCGAGACACAUGACAAAAAGUCCCUCCGAGGGCAGAAAAAUUCACAAGUAGAGACUCAGCAGCUGGUGCCUCUAACUAGCUCUGACCAAUAGAACAGAGCGAUCCACCACAAAACACACACAUACACUGCACAUACACUCCACUGACUCAGGACCAGUUACAGAGCUGCACUUUGCUGUGGCAAUGUCUUCACACCAGAGCCUAUAUUUCAUAAGUGUGUAAGAGUGGGAUUAUUGAUCUGGGAUUAUUUUUGUGUUGUAGAUUUUUUUUUUUUUUUUUUCAUAAAUUGGUAACAAAGGUAAUUCUAGAUCAGUCCUUCCUUACUGACUUCUGAGUUGGGAGGAAAUUGGCAGGAACCAAAAUCUCAAAGAAUUCAGCAGUUUACCUUCUCAGUAGACAGGCAGACUAUAAAAGUCCUUUAUGUCGGCCUUCUAUUACACUCUGUACCUGUUAACUAUACAGUACAAGACACCAAAGACAGACAUGCACUGGAAUCUACAGCCUCUCUGCACUUUCUGCAGACACAGCCGCUGCUUGCACUCCAGCUCUAGUGUCAUGGAGCUAAUUAUCUGAUCAGCACACUGUGCCCUCCUUCUCUGCCUUUACUCUUUUUCUUUCUCACUCUUUUCUUUUUAUUGUCACAUGCUGAAUCAUUCCUCUGCCUAGAUGCACUAAAUUUUUACCCUGGCUGUAUGUUUCUUCUCUUAAGUGCCUGAAGAUCUCAGACCGUCCUGUCCCUGCUUCCACUGUUCCUGGUAAUCAUGAGGUUAUUGAGGGAAAACAUUCCAUAUUAUUAUUAUUAUUUUUUUAAGAUUACUGAAUUAUGUUUGUAUUGUGAAAUGUUGAAAACAAGGGAUCACUGUUAUUUGUAGAAUAGGAAUUUAGCACUGCUGCUGUUUAUAGCUGAUGUAUGUACACAGUGGACCUGCCUUUCGUUGACAAUCACCAGUGAAAUGGUCUCGUAGCCUGUAACUUAGCUACAGCGCUUCCUGUAGAGUAGCCUUUCUGCAAUGCACAUAUUCUGUUUAGUUACUACACAUAUAUAAUUGCUUAUAUGGACUACUAAAGCAUAUCUUUGUGUGUUGUGUGUUAUAUACUGUAUGUUUCUGAUGUUUGUGAACAUGUCUGACUUUGUGCCUUGUUGCCAUUUUCUCCCUCAGGUUUGUACAAAUUUGUUUUGCUGCACAGACUAUAUACUCUAUGCAAGGAGUAAAACAGGUGUCCCUUUAUGAUGAAGUAAUGCUAAGUUCAGUGUUUUCUCUUCAGUUGAUGUUGGUUUAGCCUCUCAAAGCCAGCCUACACAGUUCACCUCACUCCAAAUGAAAACUAAGCUUGUAAGAUUUAGGCUGGUUUUCUAUGAGGCUAAACAUGGUUAGGAGAUAGGAGAUGCUUAGAACCGUGCCUUUGCCCCAAGGAAACCCUUAUGCAAAACCGUUUUCACUUUUUCUUAGUGGAUUAAACAUUUAUUUUGAAGUCCCCUCAAUUUCACUUUAUCUGGAGGUCUCUUGAUAUUGUAAGUUUUACUGAUGCUGAUUUUUUUAAGCUUGUAGCAGAGGGAGAGGUGGACUUUCUGUUGCUUUUCUUGGUGUUUUUACUUUCAUGCAGUCAUGAGGUUUUGAAAAGACAAUGAUCGAUUAUAUGAAAUAAACUUAAUUUUGUCAUC